AAAACAGACGGUAUUAGGGUAAAUAACGACUGCUUCAAACCGAUGGCCCCCACCGACGGCUUUUAACAACAUCACCGACGGCUCAAGCGGAUGUUAAUAUCAACGACGGCUUAAAGUCGUUGGUGCCUGUACUAUUUUGAAUUUCGGAUUUUUAGGAUUUAGGCGAUGACUUCAAACCGUCGCUGAUUUAGAUUAGGCCGUCGUUAGUUAACACGACUUAAAACCCCUGCUUCCUAACCACGACUGUUUUUCAAAAUUUCCUCCUUCCCACUAAGUGUAACUCGUUUUUGAAGAACUUGGGUUUGCUAAGCGCGAAACAACCGGCGAAACAUUGAAGGCAAUUCCGGCGACCGGGUAUCAUCGACCGGCGACAAAGACCACAAUUUCGACGUAUUUUAGCCGCCGCCUCCUCCGACACACAAUUAACUACAUCACGACCGCCGCCUACGCUGCCUCCGCCGCGCGAAUCCGUAGCUUUUAUCUGGUAAUCAUGUCUAAUCCUAAGGGGCGCGGAGGUCGAGAUGGCUUAGGUGGAAGCCAAGGUCGUGGGCAAUUGAUUCCCAGGGAGCUUUUUGAGUCACCAGGAGCUCCAGAAAGCUCGAACCUUGGCUCUGAGACGCAACGAGAUGAUUCUCAGGCACGUGACAUUGGUGACCACGUAUCGGAGAUGCCGAGCAGCCAGAGGAAGGAAGCUGAAGGGUCAAACAGUGCAUCAAAAAGGGUUUUGAGCCCUACUGGAUUGUGGUUUGAUGAUAACAAAGUUAGCGGGUCUAUCACUGACAUUUUCCAGGGUCAUUUUCGAGAACCUUGGUUUAACUACGGUGAGGUGGACGAUGCAACAAGGACGCAUUGGUGGAACUCAUUCACAGAGACGUACAACAAGAAGCUAGAUGAUUGUAGCACUCAAGGGUCACAGCCAAACCCUGAUUUGUUGUAUUGGGAGACAGUUGGUGGGAGAAACAGAGGAAAAGUGCAAGGGUUGGGUCAGGGAGAUCAUUUGUACUACAACUCUUCAUCUGGGCGAGGAGGAGUUGGCUCUUCACAACCAUAUGAGCCAUCGAUUUUUUCUCAGCUAGAGGCGCAGGUGGAGGCCAAGGUCGCUGCACGGAUGGUAGAAGUGGAGGCAAAGGUCGCAGCACGUCUGGAAGAGUCAAACCGGGCCCUCGUGCAGGAAAUGAUGCGGAACAUGACUAACUUUGGCCACUUGUUCUCAUGUUGCAACACAGGCACCUCUCCACAACGCAGACCAGAGGAUGACCCGGGGUUUGGUGGUGGCGGCACAAGUGCUACAGAGACACCCGCCACAGUGUAGUUGGUUUGGUUUUGGCAACUAGCUAGAUUACAAACUUAUUGUUUCCACA